AUGUCACUCGCCCCGCCCGUCGCCGCCUGGGUCCAAAACGCGCUGUCAGAGAUCCUCAACGCGACGAUGCAGCCGGCCUUCGACCGCGCCUUCGACGCGUGCUUCGCCGCAGACGCCGCCGUCGUGCGCAACGGCGCGCCCGUCCCCCGCGACGCCUACAAAACGGCGCUGCAGGACAUCAAGUUCCCGCAGCAGACGGCCGCGGUGCAGUUCCCCGGGGCGGUCAGCGCGAGAGAGGGGCCGGGGCGUGGGCCGCUGGAGACAGGGAUCGUCGGGGGCUUCUUCGAGGCGCAGCUUCGACAAGGCGAGCCCGGCGGACGCCCGUGGCAGCUGAACAUCCUCACCACCUCCUUCAUCGCCAACGUUGACAGCGACGCGUCCGUCGUGCCCGAUCCUCCCAUCACCGACUUCGAUGCUCGCAGGAUCUCUAAAUUCACUAUCGUCGACCGUGUUAGAGUGAUUCCAUUCUGA